GAAACAGUUCACCCACAUGGCUCACAGCAGCAUGCUUGUUGAUUUUCUCAUUGUUUGGCAGCUUCUGUUUAGUUUCUGCCACAGCAGUGAACGAAGGAAUCUUUAAAAGCGAAACUAAUAUUCAGUUUCUUUCAGAAUAUUUUCAUGUGGAAACUAAACUUGCAGCAACAGGUAGAAGAAAUGGCAUGUAUAAUUUAUUUACACAAAAUGAGAAGAGAAGAGAUAUGAAUAGGUUUCUUCAUGAAUCUAAUCCAUUUCUUUUGAAUGAACCUUUACUUUCGUCUACUUUAAAUCAUCAACGAAAUAUUCAACAAGAAGACGAAACUCAAUUUUUCAGUGUCUUGUUGAAAGUGAAAGAUAUCCAAAAGUUUAAAAAGGAAAACACUAACUUGAAUAUCCAACCAAUGGCCAAAAAUGUAAUUUCCACAAGAAUGGACAUGGAUUCAAUUCAAUCCUUAUUAGGAAAAGAUUACAUUGAAUGGAUUGGACAAAUUGACCCAAUUUUCAAGUUUGAUAUUCAAGAUUUCAUGGAAAAUAAGCAAGAAACAGUUGAAUUGUUAAUUCAGUUUGCAAGUGGCAUUUCUAAUGAAAUGAAACGAAUGAUGGAAAUAUUCGAAACUCAAUUUGGCGUUUCACUUUUAAGAAUUGAAAAGCAAAAUCUCAUGUUAUUGACAGUGCCUAGAAGAUAUGCCCUCGGAGUUUCGUAUGAAAUUUCCAAAGAUUCUUCAGUAAUUUGGAUCGAACCAAAACAAGAAAUUUCACUCACCAACAAAUUUUCCAAAAGUAUCAUUGAUGAUGGAAGUGAGAGAAUUCAAGAACGUGUGAAUUUUGGUGGAUUGACAGGUGAAGGUGAAACAGUAACAGUGGUCGAUGGAUCUUUUGAUGUCACUUCAUGUUUCUUUGCUGAUCCAAAUGUUCCUGUCACUCAAUUUAAAACCUACAAGGAAGGAAUGAAGUUGACUUCACAACAAGUCAAUUCACACAGAAAAAUCAAAGCUUACUAUGCAUUUGUAGAUAAUAGAACAAGAGAUAGUGAUCAUGGUUCACAUGUGGCUGGAAGUGUUGCAGGAAAUUCCAUUUAUAGUAAUAGUAUUGGUGAUACGUUAGUUUCUGAUUAUAAUGGAAUAGCUCCAGAUUCAAAAAUGGUAUUUAUUCAACUUGGAUGUACAUCACCAGUAUGUAUUUCAGAAAAUGGUGAGAAAUUUACUUCAAGUCCUGGUUCACUUUUUCCACCUUCUGAUCCAUAUAAUUUCUUUUCCUUCUCCAAGGAGAUUGCCAAUAGUAGAGUGCAAACGAAUAGUUGGGGAGGAGGUAGUUCCUAUAAUUAUUAUGCCUCCUCUACGGAUGAGUACAUUUUUAAUAAUAAGGAUAUGGUUACCUUGUUUGCAGCUGGUAAUUCUGGAAGAAGUGGUUUUAAAACUAUUGGAGGUCAAGCGCACGCCAAGAAUGUUAUCACUGUUGGAGCUAGUCAUAAUUCCUUUGGAGCACGUACAGUUCAGUAUGCCAACUUGACAUCCUCAACAAAUUCAGUUGUGAGAGAGUAUAUUGUGGCAGUUUUACAAUGUUCUCCAUAUUCUACCAAGUACAUUAAUCAAUGUACAUAUUUCAAUGAUUUGAACAAUAUUGUGGAUGCAUGUGAUGAGAGUGGAUAUUGUGCUAAAGGAACUAUGUCCGUUUCGACUGGAUCUUGUGGAUGUGCCAUUGGAGGAGUUGGACAAUUGUAUUGUGGAAGAUGUGUCUAUCCGAGUCUUGCUGUUAAGGAUAUUCAACCUGAUUCAGUGACCUCUUUCAGUAGUAGAGGACCAACUAUGGAUGGAAGAAUUAAGCCAGAUAUUAUGGCUCCAGGUGAUCAAAUUAUUAGUGUGAGAUCUUAUCCGACUCUGGAUGAUGUUGGAACUCAAUGUUCUCAAAGAAAAAACCUAAUUGACCAUGUUACUGCUAAACGGGGAACAAGCAUGGCAACACCAACUUUAGCUGGCUUGACUGCGAUCGUUAGACAAUAUUUCAGAGAUGGAUACUAUGUGGAUGGUGUGAAGAAUGCAAAGAUUGCAUUUAAUCCAUCAGCAUCACUUGUAAAAGCUACAAUGAUUAAUUCUGCUGUUGAUUUGGCAUCUCUUUCUGAGGAUACUCAAUUUUUGGAAAAGCUAGCACCAAGAAAUUGGAAUUCCACUCGUUAUCAAGGAUUUGGUAAAGUUCAAAUUGAUAAUGUGUUCCAAUUUGGUAAAAGUGAAAGAAAAUUGUGGAUUGGAAGAACUGAAAACAUUCAAAACAUUGCACAAUUAUCAAAUGUUGAGACUGAAUUUGGUGAUCCAGUUCUUUCAAGUGUCGAGGAUGAACAUGUUUAUUACAUUGCUCCUACUAAUGCUAAUUUGCCAAUGAAGAAUGUUAAAAUUACACUAGUCUGGUCAGAUUACCCUUCAAAUCCUCUUAGUCGUCUCAAUAUUGUCAAUAAUCUUGACUUGGAGGUGAAUGUUUUUAGAGAUGUGAUUUUUGGAAAUUCUCAAUUGUAUGGUCUUUCACAAGAUAACAUGGCCAGGGAUACUUUGAAUAAUGUUGAACAAGUUUGGCUCGAUAGUACUGAUCACGGAGUGGUAAUUAGAGUUUAUGCAGAGUAUUUGUUUGUUCCACAAAGUUAUUCACUCGUAGUUUCUGGAGAUAAUGUUUCCAUGCACUUACUGAAAGAGUAACUUGUAAUUAUAUCAAUACACCAUUUUGAACAUUUAAUCU